GCCGCGCAAGCUCGCACAGACAGAAGCAGCAACCAUCGAUCGAACUCUCGAGCAGUGUCGCGGGGAACACAGAGACAGGCUGCAGCAGCAGCGCCCGAUGCGUGCGGCGCUGCGAGUUGAGAUAAACCCCCGGCACAGCUGCACCUAAAGCCGUGUCAGGCUUUUCACGACGAGAGCUGCGCUGGACUGUGGUGACCUCACCCCCACUCUGUGCAUCAGCGCCAACACCACAGAUGUCCCACUAGGCUCUCCGCAACCGCCUGCCGUAGUAUAUACCCAUAUCUUUUGACGGAUCAGAUCCAUCCGCUUUCUCUCUCCGGGGUUAGGUCUCGCCGCUGCUUCUCGCUCAUGAGUCCACAUUGAGGUGUGGGAUUCGUUUUCAGGAGUUUGGCAGUCCCGGCGGCCGUGUCAGUGUCUGUGCAUUUGUGGGUUGUGAGGGUUUAACGUUAUGGCCGCUGUGACUCUCUCUCACUGUGCCACAGCCUCUGCGGGUGUGGCACACCGCUCCUCGGAGACCGUGGUGGGCAGUGCCAAUGCCAAGAUGGCUUCCUUUUCGGGGUUGAGGAUCGUGGCGUUUGCGCCCAAGCUUGAGAAGAGCUUGAGCGCUGCUGUGGCGGCUGUGCCGUCCCGAAUGCGUGGUGGUGCUAUCGCUGCCUCUAUGGUGGCCUCACCUGCUCUGCGAGGUGCCGAUGUGGAGUUUCAAUCUGAGGUGUUCAAGAAGGAAAAGAUCACCCCUGCUGGUCGUGACGAGUACAUUGUUCGUGGUGGACGGGAUCUAUUCCACUUGCUUCCAGAGGCCUUCAAGGGCAUUAAGAAAAUUGGAGUGAUUGGAUGGGGAUCUCAGGGACCUGCUCAAGCCAUGAACAUCCGCGAUUCUCUGGCUGAAAUUAAGUCUGAUAUCGUCGUCAAGAUUGGUUUGAGGAAGGGUUCCAAAUCCUGCGCGGAUGCGAGGGCUGUAGGCUUCACAGAGGAGUCCGGAACCUUGGGUGACGUUCUUGAGACAGUAGCUGAGAGUGAUUUGGUCCUGCUUCUCAUUUCUGAUGCCGCACAGGCUGACAACUACCAGGACAUUUUCAAAGCCAUGAAGCCCAAGUCUGUCCUGGGUCUGUCGCACGGUUUUCUCUUAGGCCACCUCAACUCCGUUAACGACAGCUUCCCUGAGGACAUUAGUGUGAUUGCCGUCUGUCCCAAGGGAAUGGGACCAUCUGUCAGGCGUCUGUAUGUGCAAGGCAAGGAGGUGAAUGGUGCCGGUAUCAAUGCUAGCUUUGCUGUACAUCAGGAUGUUGAUGGAAGAGCUACAGAUGUUGCCCUCGGCUGGUCUGUUGCUUUGGGCUCGCCCUUCACCUUCGCAACUACACUCGAGGAUGAGUACAAAAGUGACAUCUAUGGAGAGCGAGGUAUUCUCUUGGGGGCAGUGCACGGAAUCGUCGAAUCUUUGUUUAGGCGAUACACUGCCUGUGGCAUGUCUGAAGAGGACGCCUACAAGAACACAGUUGAGAGUAUCACGGGCGUUAUCUCUAAAACUAUCUCAACCCAGGGCAUUUUGGCUGUGUAUGAGUCUUUGAGUGAGGAGGGUAAAAAAGAGUUCGAGGCAGCCUACAGCGCAUCUUUCUAUCCCUCCAUGGAUAUUCUCUACGAGUGCUACGAGGAUGUUGCUUCCGGUAACGAGAUCCGCAGCGUCGUUUUGGCUGGUCGCCGAUUCUCUGAAAAGGAGGGUUUGCCAUCUUUUCCUAUGGGUAAAAUUGACGGGACCCGGAUGUGGCAAGUUGGUGAGAAAGUACGCGCUUCACGACCUAAGGGUGACAUGGGCCCACUCCACCCCUUCACUGCCGGUGUUUACUGUGCUCUUAUGAUGGCUCAGAUUGAGGUGUUGAGGAAGAAGGGUCACUCAUACUCAGAGAUGGUGAAUGAGAGUGUUAUUGAGGCUGUUGACUCUCUCAACCCUUUCAUGCAUGCUCGGGGAGUUGCCUUUAUGGUGGAUAACUGUUCUACAACUGCCCGUCUCGGUUCUCGCAAGUGGGCCCCCCGAUUUGACUACAUUUUGACUCAACAGGCUUACACCGCCGUCGACAACGGAGCUGCUGUCAACAAGGACGUUCUAGAAAGCUUCAAGGCAGAUCCAGUUCACCAGGCUAUUGCUGUCUGCGCUCAGUUGAGGCCGAGUGUCGACAUCGCUGUUACCGAGGAUGCUGACUAUGUCAGGGCUGAGUUGCGACAAUAGAGGGACGUUCUUUCACCCAGCGUAGUGGUUGAAUUAACCUGGUGAGUUCAUAGAAAGAGGCUCUAGAAGGGCAUUUUGAGGGUUGUCUGUAGUCUCCUGUGGCGGAGGACAAAAAUAUCUUUUCAUGGAUAAAUAUAUGCAUCUCAAUUGAACCACAA